AUGGCGACAUAUCAAUAUAGUCUACAGGCAUUUCCUCGGGCCAAUUGUCCACCUUACGCCGCGCUCUCCUACGUCUGGGGCACCUCGGCGCCAUCUGCCCGUCUUGGAUUGGACAGCGGAGAAAUCCCAAUCACACCGGAGCUCCGAGCCAUCCUCGACCGCAUCGCAGGAACGCCGUCUUUGCUCGAGCCAGCAUGGCUCUGGAUCGACGCCAUCUGCAUAAACCAGGCAGACAUCCAAGAAAAAUCCGUACAGAUUCCCAAGAUGGGAGAGAUAUACAACGGCGCCUUGACAGUAACGAUCUGGCUCGGCGACGCGGACAAGGCUACCACGGAUGCUAUCCAAGGCAUCGAAGACUUCCGCUUCCUGAUGGCUCUCACUAGCACGGCCCCGGUGCCUGGAACCAUCCCAGACGCGAAUGACCCCAUGUGGAAAGCUGCCGAGGAACUCUUCUGCCGGCCUUGGUUCGGGCGCGCGUGGGUUGCCCAAGAGGUAUUGCUUGCCAGGAAAUGUCGCGUCGUCUUCGGCCAGCGCGUCAUUCCCUGGGAGGUUAUUCUGAGAUACUGGGCCUACAUGGAACUGGGAAGACACGACUUUGUGGUAUCUCAGAGACACAGAAUUGGCCACGACACCAUAUCCCCGUUCGACAUGAUUCUGGCUGCCAGCUCGGCCAAGGGAGGGGAGAGGUGGUCGAGCGUGAUUAACCAGAACAACCUCGAGUGGGCAUUCCGUCCCCAAUACCACGUUGUUGGCCUUUUGGACCUCAUCCGCCGGCGAGCCUGCAAGGAGGGACACGACAAGGCGUACAGUUUACUCGGUCUGUUACCCGAGGAAAUUCGGAGUAAAAUCCCCAUCAGGCCCGCUACUCGACAACGAGGAGAAGCCAAAGAAAUGCUCCGCUUUCUCGAGUCACACGGCGCAUAUCUCGGCGUCCUUCUUACCUUGGCCGGCGGGGUCGACCGCAACGGCACGAGGUAG